AUGAACAAAAAUAAGCAAAGGACUAAAAAGAGAUUGCCCAAAGGCCGAUCACGAUAUAUCCCAACACAAGAAGAGGUUGAACGACGAAAUGCAGAAAUCACAAGAAGAUCAAAAGAUGACGAUUCAGAAGAAGUUGAGUCUGGAUCUGAAGUUGAAGCAUCAGAAGAAUCUGCAUCGGCACCAGAUUCAAAAUCAGAAAAAGCAAACGAAAAAGAUGAACAAAAUAAAAACGAACAAGAUGAAGAAAAAAAUACCAAUUGA